CGCCAUGCUAUCUGACCCGAACAAGCCACCUGGUGGUGAAACUGGUGAAACGUGAAACUUGUGAUGCCAGAAUUUACAUCCUGGUACUUCAAUGGCCUUGAACUGGAAGUAAGGUCAAGACAGUGAAUAUCAACACAGUCAUGGAAUGUUUGACGACCAUUACUGAUAAGUUACAACCAAAUUUCUUCUCGGUCUGUGGAUUUCUUCUAAACAUUUUGAUCAUUCCACGAAUCGGGAUCACGGUUGUUGCUCACACUCUACUUUUCAACGAGGGGAACUUUCUUUGCUUCUUGAACAUCACAUCUGGUCAGUACUCAGACGACGCCCAAACAAACUUCAACCAACGCUGUCAUAAUGCAUUUGCUUCAAAAUGGCCGCCAUAUGUUCAUUGGUACACACAAUUAGUGUUGACAAUUUUCAUUUUGAGUUGCUUCUAUUUUCCAUGUUGGUGGACUGUAGAGCAUAAAAAGCCAUUAGACAAACUGCAAGCAAAUCGUGACAAGUAUAAUAGAUCAAUAGGAAAAGUUCCUUGGAUAUAUCUUGCCCAGACCGCUGCACGAACAGCUGUUGAAUUUAUCUUUACCGUUUCCCAGGUUGCCUUAUAUGGCUUCCAGAUCCCAAGUAGAUAUGUUUGUUCAGUUGACAAUGACACAAUACCAUGUGAUAAUCUCAAGGUAACUGGAAAAGUUGGCCUUUUUGUUGCUAUGUUUCUCCUGUCUCUACUCGUGAUAGGCUUGCUGAUUGCUGAUUUAUACAGAACAAUUCAAAAGUUUUUGAAAGGCAGUGAACUAUCGCUCUUACCAGUGCUUUGUAACGAAGGCCAAAAAUACAGCCCUAUAUCCACAAGCGCACCUGAACCUGUAGCAGAUUUCUUCAAAUGUGAAAACUACACAAAGUUGGAAAAGAAACUAGGUGAUCAAGACUUGGUUGUCUUAACAGGUCCACCUGGUUCAGGAAAAACGCAGAUUACCUAUUACUAUGCCAAGAAGUUCCAGACUGAAAACGUAGGGACGAUGUAUUUCAAACUCAAAUCAGCAUCCCCGGAAGAUAUCAUAGUUGAUUGUAAGAAGGUAAUUAAAUUCCUUGCUUUGGACAUUGAUAUUCCGGACAGUGACAUUGAUGGUGAAGACAUUGCACAUAACAAGAUCACAGCCAAAAGAUUCCUUCGGCAUAUUUGUGAAAAGCUCGGCCAAAAAACACUGUUGAUUUUUGACGGAGGAAUAUUCAAUACAGCUUGUCUUAUCAAAGAGGUAUUCGAAGGUUCUGAAUUUAUCAAUAUCAAAGUUAUUAUAAUCUUAACUGACCAAAAGAAUAUGAGAGGUUUUGAAAGUUCAAAAAUUGAAGUCAAUGGGUAUACUGAACAAGAUAUUCUGGUCCUCGCCAAAGAUUCUCCAUACAAUGAAGAAUUCGAACUUGAAGAUUUGGAGAAAUUAGCUCGGAAGCUAGAUUAUUCUCCACUUGGUAUACAUGCCGCAUGUCAAUACAUAAUUGAUUCUCCUGGUUAUGAGAUAAAGGAUUUUCUAAACCGAAUGGAUGAAGGUAAGAAGCCUAUGACGGAUAAAGUAAAGGAUAUAGUGAUAGAGAAAAACUAUCCAAUACCCUUAAUUGAUUUGUUUGAAUUAAGGUACAAAACGGUUUGUGAGAAAUACAAAAAUGAUGACGUACUUAAAAUAUUGAAUAUUGUGGCUAUGCUAAGCUCCGGCCCAAUAGACUUUGAUAUCCUUGAUUGGAUUGUAAGGGCUAGCUGCCCAGAGAAAAACAAACCUAUUUCUGAUCAUGAUGAAAAGUUUAUAAAGAAUCAGUUGAUUGAGGUAAUAAAAGAGCACUACUUGGGCAAUGUGGAAGAGAUCUCAACCACUGGAAAAGAUGACAAAAUGCAUAAAAUACUAAAUAUGCAUAAUGUACCAAAAUUCGCAAUAACGUCAAGCUGGACAGAAGAUGAAAGAAUCAAAUACUUCUUACAGGUGCUUCUCAUCCUUGAUGACCAGGUUGAUAAAGACACGCGUCGUAACAAAGAUGUCACAUUGAUCCUCAACCAGAUCCCACAUGUGAAACAUGCACUGGAAACGGACUUGUUAUCCCUUUCCAGAGAUCAACAUCAACAAGUCGGUAUCCAAAUUUUACAAAUCGGACUACAAGAUAGACUGCAUCACAUGUACACACAAACUGGGCUUAUACAGUACUUCAAACAGAGCAAGUCAAAAGCAAAACAACAAUUCUAUAAUCUUCUAUCUAACAACAGCUACAACAUCUAUUCUGAUGAGGCUGAACAUAAUAUCAAUGAAGAAGUGAGAAAACUGUUGGAUCCACAGCUGCAGAACGACAUUGUCAGUGAUGCAUUUAUCAAGAAGAAAGCCUAUGUAAUCAAUAGUAUGGUGCAAAAGCUAGAGGUACCUAAAGAGCCAGUUGACUUUGUGAAUGAACUUAUUUGUACAAGACGUCUGAAUAGAGACGAUGUAAAACUGUUCCAGAGAAAAGUGUCUUUAUCCAAUAAUUAUCUUACAGAAGCCGCAUACAAUACCCUAGUGGGAAAAGGUGCAGCAAUUGAAUUAGAGACGAUGAGGAAAGUGUUUUCAUUGGAGUUGUUGGUCUCUAUCCUCUAUACGCAUGGUCGUAUGUACUUCUAUCAGAACAACAGAGAUAAGGAUGAGGCAGAUGAGGUUUAUGAACAUGACCUACGCCUUGCAUAUGAGAUUUCUGACAUAAUACAUAAAGAGCAUGGCAUCAAAAUAACUACCCUACUUCUUGCUGAGCGCAAUGGUUUUCUAUAUAUAGAUGUAGAUAGCGGCAAUGAGGAAAGGAUGAACAACGCCAGGGGAAGAUACACUGCCAUGUUGGCUGAUGAGAGCGAAUAUUAUGAGAAGGGACUGCGAAAGAUAGUGCCAAAGAACGAUCGGUACCAUCAGAUGAUAUGCCAAAAACAGUUGGUGAAUUAUUACACUUUAGCAGUGGAACAAGAACAAGAGAGAGGCAAUGAUCAUGAGGCGAAAAAAUUAUAUGAGAAGGGAUGUGAAGAAGCUACAUUGCUACUUGAGUACAUCGGGAAGGAGGAUUAUCAUAACAAAGCAGAGGUCUUCAUCAAAAUUGGCAAGCUUAAAAUGACACAGCUGAAUGGAAAAAUCCUUUGUGAUGGAGAUGAAGUUGACUCAAAAUCGUUCAAUGGCACUAAAACUAACUAUUUGGAGGAAGCCAUUGACACUUUCAAAAAUGCUCUUGAAUUAGAGAAAGACAAAAGCCAGGAUCACCAACGAUUUGACCUUGUUGUCGAUGCACAUGCUGGACUUGCGUGGGCCUUGUAUAAACGUGACAACAAAAAGAACAAUUGGAAAAAUGCAAGAAGACAUGCACGUGAAGCAAUUAAAAUUUGUAAAGGCAAAAAUAUAAGGAGGAAUAUUGAAGAGAAACUUCAAAGAGAAUUAUUGUCAAAGGGAAGUAAUCGACUGGAUUCCGUAACAUCAGUAGACUCAAAUGUGUGA